UCCCUGCAAUAUAAAAAAAAAAAAAAGAGAGAGAGAGAGAGAGUUCCCCGCGGCAUUUGUCAGACGUCAUACUACGGCGCCAAAAGCGCGCAAGAUCUGGGAAGGAAAGCCCUAGCGACUAGCAUUGGUUGCCUCUCUGUCACCGAACUCCCUUCGCCACCUCCUCGUUUGUUUUACUUUUUACCAAUUUUGCAGAUUAAGCAUCCGGCCGAGAAACAAAAAAUUGCAUACGAGCUGGGCAUGGAGGAAGAUAAGAGGAGGAAGAAAAACAAGAAGAAAAAGACCAAGCAAAGUAAGGCUGUGGUGGAUGGUGUAGUUGGAGCUGAGGAGUCGUCAACUAGGGAUCAGGAUCUGGUAAAUAAUGGGAAAGAUGAGCAUAGUCAACUUUCGGAGGAUACAGAUGAGCAAAGCACAAUUAUGGAUUCAAAUAGACGACUGCCAAAUGGUAAAGAAUGUGUCUUUAUUCAGACUGUUCAAGGGGAUGCCAGGAAUCAGCAGGAGAUUGGAAGAGAAGCCAUCUCAGAAGAAAUUGUUAGAAAAUUGAGAAAUGAAAAUGAUAUGCUCACACAGAAAGAGGUCAUAUCGGAAGAGACAAUCAGAAAAUUGAAAGAGGAAAAUGACGUGCUUAUCCAGAAGGAGCCCAUUCUUGCACAGGCUAUAUCAGAAGAGACAAUCAGAAAUUUGAAAGAAGAAAAUUUUAUGCGCAUCCAGAAAGAGGUCAUGUUGGAAGAGGCCAUCAAUAAAUUAAGAACUGAAAAUGAUCUGUUGGCGAAAGAACAGGAUACUCUGAAAACGAGAAUUGCACAGUUACAGAGUGAAAAUGAUUCCUUGCUUCAGAUAAAGGCUGGUUUGGAGGAGAAAACCAACCAGUUAUUGAAUGAUAAAUCAGUUUUGAGCCUGAAAGGAGAGAGUUUAAUGGAAAGAAUAAAUGACCUGGAAAGAGAGAUGGGUUUUUCUUUUGAGAGGAAGAAGUCAACCAAAGAAAUUGUUUCCCACCUGAAUGAUGAUAUUAGUAGGCUACAAUUGCAGGUGGCAGAGUUGGAAGAGUGCAGGAAUAAUCUGUCGCUAGAAAACCAGCAACUGAAAGAAAAUCUAUCAGGUCUUCAGACGAAAAUUUGGAAUCUUGAGAAGGGUGGCCCUUCCUUCUCAUUGGAUGCAUCUGCGAAGGAUUAUGCUUCUGAAAAUGAGGACUUAAAGUCUCAAGUUGAAGCAGCCCAAAUGUUGGUGGAAAAAUUGGUUGCAGAAAAUGCGGAACUUUUUGAGAAGGUGAACGAGUUAUAUGUGGAGCGGGAUCGACCAAGUGCUGCAGUUGAACUUCCUGGAGCCAGUGGGGCUGAUGAUGGGUUGGAUAAAUCUGCUAAACCUAAUACUGUGGCCAUUACUGUGCCUGAAUCUGAAGAGAACGUAACAAUGUCAGUCAGAGAGGUGAAUCCCUCUGGAGAAGAUCCGGUUGGGGAUAACAUUGACACUGUAAAUGCUGGGCAUGUUGGUGGGGUGAUUUCAAGCUCUUCGUUGGCAUCUGAGGACUCGGGGGUAAUUGUGCAAAUUCCAUUGGAUGACAAUGAUGUAAGAAGUCCAGGGUUGCAGGCUGCCCAGAAUGUGGAACGGGAUGAAGUGCCCCUUACUGAUGCUCCGCUUAUUGGGGCGCCAUUUCGGUUGAUGUCAUUUGUAGCCAAGUACGUUAGUGGUGCUGACUUGGUUAACCAGGGGCCUCCCAACACUAAUCGUUGACCUUUUUUUUUUUUUUUGGUGAGAUUGACGUCAUAUUCUAGUCAGAUGAUACCAUUUGCUCAGCCUAAAUUGGGCCAUUCCCCAACAGAAAAAGGAAGAGUUAAUUCCUUGACAUUAGAAUAUUGAAGCAGUCAAGAAAGAGGGUUCAUAUCCUUA